AUGUUUUUUUUUUUUACCUAUAUUUCAUUAUUAUCGGGACCCCGUACACAUGUUUUCAUUAUUGGAAAACGAACCAAAGCCAGCAUGAAGAAGCAAAAUGGCUAUUUUUGUUCUUUCUUUCCUUCCUUCCUUUCCUUCUUUCCUUAUUCCUUCCAUUUUUCUUUUUUCUUCCUUCUUUCCUUCCUUGAUAUUCCUUUUCUUCCUUCCUUUCUUUUUCUUUCUUCAUAUAUUUUCCUUCCUUCCUUCUUUCCUUUCUUCCUUCCUUCCUUCAUUUCUUUCUUUCUUUUCUUUCUUUCUUUCUUUCUUUCUUCCUUCCUUCCUUUUUUUGGAUUUCAAUUAUAUUUAUCUCGUGGUCUUUACUUCUUUCUGCGUUCAUAUAUAUUUAUCUCUUUGUCUAUCCUUCUUUCUCACUUCAUACACAUUUAUCUCUUUGUCUUUCCUUCUUCCUCCGUUCAUAUACAUUUAUCUCUUUGUCUUUCUUUCUCAGUUUCAAUAUAUUUAUCUCUUUGUCUUUCCUUCUUUCUCAGUUCAUAUAUAUUUGUUUUCAGGUCGGUAAAUAACCUGAUUUCCCCAUUCGGUCGCCAUGUUAAAUUUGAUAUCUUUCCCGCCACUUUUCUAUUUUCUUUUUUUGUAUUCAUCAUUCGUUUUUCUGUUUCUUUCCUCAUACGUUUUUUUUUUAUUUGCUUUGUCUUUUUUUUUGUUCAUUUUUUUCUUACUCACUUUCGUCAUUCGUUGACAUGUUUUGAAUUUCGUUCUUUCUUUUUGUUUCUUGCUUUUCUUCGUUCAUCUCUCUUGUGGAUGAGCAGCAGAAUUAUUUUCCUUAUUUUAUUCGUUUUUAUCUCUUUUUGUUUCAUUAACCUUUUUCUUUCCGUCACGUUUUUUUCUUUUUUCGAUUCGUUCAUUCCUUCUUUUUUUUUUCCAUUUUACUUUAAUAUUUUCUAUUUUUGUUUUUCUUGUGUUUUUGUCUUUUUCUUUUUUUCUUCCAUUUUCUUUCAAUCGUUACUUUGUUUGGUAUCUUUCUUUCUUUUUUCAUUCAUUUCAUUAGUGUGUCCAUCAUUUUCUUUUCUUUCUUUUUCCCUCUUUCUUCUCAUUAAUUUAUCUCUCGUUAUUUUAAGAAAUGUUUCUCUUCUUCAGUCUCUUUUCUUUUCAUUCACUUCUGCAUUACUUCAUUAUUCUAAAGGCUUUCAUACUCAUUCUUUUUUUUUCUUCUGCAUCGUUUUUCUUUCCCGCAUCCAUUUUUCUUCUUGUACAAAUUUUCUCUUUCCCUGUAUUUCCUCCUUUUAUAACAACUCUUUUUCAUCAUACACGACAUCAAACUCUUUGCCUCACUCCACACUAUAUACGCAGGCGGGAUAUUCUUUUAGUUUUCUUUCUUUUUUUUUUUUCACCAAUCCAAAGUAA